AUGUCUGCUGUUCCUCAAGUCAAAGUUUCUACCAACAAGGCCUCAUGGUCUCCUUCCACUUUGAAUUCUAAGUUUACUUAUGAAUCUUCCACUGUCACCAGAGACCUUGCCACGAACUCUUUCAAUGUCACUUCAACUGCCAUAGAUUAUGAAUUCAAAACCGAUUUGAAGGUUGGUAAAACCGGGUUGUUGUUAGUUGGUCUUGGUGGUAACAAUGGUUCCACCACUUUGGCGGCAAUUUUGGCCAACAAACACCAAUUGAGCUUUGAAACUAAAGAAGGCACCGUGAAUCCAAAUUAUUAUGGUAGUGUCACUCAGUCGUCUACUGUUAAGAUUGGUGUUGAUCCAGAAGUCGGUAAUGAUGUAUAUGCUCCUUUCAAGUCAUUGGUUCCUAUGGUUAACCCAAACGAUUUGGUCAUUGGCGGUUGGGAUAUUAAUAGUGCCAAUUUGAAAGACGCCAUGAAAAGGGCCAAAGUUUUGGAUAUCAACUUGCAAGAAAAGUUGGCUCCAUACAUGGAGCAUGUCAAACCUUUAGCAUCUGUGUAUUAUCCAGACUUUAUUGCAUUGAAUCAAGAAGCCAGAGCUGAUAAUGUUGCUAAUGUUGAUGCGAAUGGUAAAGUCAACACUAAUGACAAGUGGAAUGAUGUUGAAAGGAUUAGAAAUGAUAUUCAACAAUUCAAGAAACAAAAUAAUUUGGAUAAGGUCAUUGUUUUAUGGACCGCCAACACUGAACGUUAUUGUGAUGUUAUUCCAGGUGUUCAUGAUACUGCCGAAAAUUUCCUCGCCGCGGUUAAAUCUAACCAUUCUGAAAUCAGUCCAUCGUCUGUGUUUGCCACUGCUUGUAUUUUGGACAAUAUUCCUUAUAUUAAUGGGUCUCCUCAAAAUACGUUUGUUCCUGGAGUUGUCGAAUUAGCUGAGAAACAUGGUUCUUUUAUUGGUGGGGAUGACUUCAAGACUGGGCAAACCAAAAUUAAGUCUGUCCUCGCCCAAUAUUUGGUUGAAGCUGGUAUUAAACCAAUUUCUAUUGCUUCUUAUAACCACUUAGGUAACAAUGAUGGUUACAAUUUGUCUUCUCCAAAACAAUUCCGUUCCAAAGAAAUUUCAAAGCAAUCAGUGGUGGAUGAUGUGGUUCAAUCCAAUGAGAUUUUGUACAAUACCUCUUCUGGUAGAGACAAAGUUGAUCAUUGUAUUGUUAUCAAAUAUCUUCCAGCGGUUGGUGAUUCUAAAGUAGCUAUGGAUGAAUACUACAGUGAAUUGAUGUUGGGGGGACACAAUAAGAUUGCCAUCCAUAACACUUGUGAAGAUUCUUUGUUGGCUGUGCCAUUGAUUUUGGAUUUGGCCAUUGUGUGUGAGUUAUUGACUAGAGUACAAUACAAAAGAGCUGGCACCGGAGAGUUCAAAACCUUCUAUUCAGUUUUGAGCUUCUUGUCGUACUGGUUGAAGGCUCCAAUGACCAAACCAGGGUUUGAUCCAAUCAAUGGAUUGAAUAAACAAAGAGCAGCGAUUGAAAAUCUCAUAAAGAUACUUGUUGGUUUACCUUUGGGAAAUGACUUGAGAUUUGAAGAAAGAUUGGUGAUUUGA